AUGACAACAGUUAUUCCACUUGACCAAGAGACAAAUUAGCUUAAAGCAUCUAGUUAGCCAAAUGAGGUUGCAAUCGAAGACUAUGAUGAGUUUCGAAGACCCCCAAUAUUGGAAAUAUGUCUUAAACACCAAUCGGCCACAGAAUUUGCAAUAGCAGAUGCUAAAGUUGAAUUAAAUAAGAAUAAUUUAUGUCCUUGUUGUGGAUAACCUGUUAUUCUUACUUAAUUACCAUUGACAGCCUCUAUUUUAGAUUUCAGCUUUAAUGGACCUGGAGUUUCCCUUUAUUUCGAUUUCUUAAUGUUUAGUUCAAUAUUGAUUUCCACAUUUAUUAUCAUUUGUGGAAUCUAUGAUUUAAUAGCCAGUUCUUUGGGAGAUACAUGCGAGAAAUUGAAUGCGUCAGGAAUACUAGAAUGCACUAAUAGUUUUUAUAGCAAAUAUGCUAAGUCUAAUCAAGAUAAUAAGGAUGUGGAUAUAGCAGGAAGUGUAUUAAACUGUGUCACAACAUUAAUCUUAAUAGUUCUUUUGUUUAUAUACAGAAAACGAAUAAAUAUUUUGGCUAAUAAAAUUGAUGAGAAGAGUAUAUUGGCAUCAGAUUAUUCGAUAAUUGUUGAAAAUAUUCCAAGAGAUGCAAAAGAAGAAGAGAUUAGAUAAUUCUUUAGUAAAAUCAACAACCGUGAGUACAAAAUACAAAAGAUUUGCAUGGGAUUUUAGAUCUAGGAGUACUUGCGAAUUCUAAAACAGAAGCAGGAUCAAGAGAAGACUUUUACUAAGAUUUUAGAAUGUGAAAGGUUAAAUAAACCUAUUCCUCCUCAUUUGCCAAAUAAAGUUGAUUUAACUCAAACCCUGGAUCAAUUAGCAAAUCAAUUGGAUUUGUAUGAAUAAAACUUUUAAACUUCUUUACAAUUUAGUGGUGUUGCCAUCAUCUCAUAUAAUACAGAGGAUGAAGCUAAUUCAGUUUGUAAAUUCUUUAGAGCAACUAGACUGCAUCUUAUACUAUCUUAAGUUUUGAGAGUAAUUGGUAAAAGAGAUAUUAGAAGAUUUAGAGAUAAUGUAAUCGUAGUGUCAAAAGCACCUGAACCUGGAGAUAUUUUAUGGGGCAAUUUAGGAGUUACAUUGUUAGAGUAAUACAAAAGAAAAUUGAUCACAAAUCUAGCAACAAUAUUGUUGUUAGGAAUUUGCUUUGGCAUUUUAUUCGGAUUAUCUUAUGGUUAAUUUUCAAUGACUGAUACAGGAAAAGGAGAAGAUCUAUCAUAGGCAGAGAUUGUUGCGAUUACAGUUUUAGGAGUCAUUGCUUCUGUUUUAAUUUCAAUUAUCAAUAACAUAUUGGCUAUUAUUAUUAGAAAAUUUGCUGAGUUAGAAGCUCCAGCAACUAAAACUGAGUUUGAUAUCAGUGCAGCCAAGAAAUUAGGGUUUGCUUAGUUUCUUAACACUGCAAUAAUAACAUUAAUUGUUAAUUUGGUGAUUAUAAAGGAGGGAGAAAAAUCUUAUUUUGCUGUAAUCAAACAAGGAGGUUUAAAUUAGGAUGUUAUGUUGAUUUUUAUUACCAAUGGAAUAAUGCCUUGGUUAACCAAUUUGUUUGACCCAUUCUACUUGUACAAGUUGUUUAUGAGGUAUUAAAUUAAGGUUUAAGGUUAAUCAUGUAACAUAACCUAAUAAGAAGCGAAUGAAUAUUUUGCAGGUCCCAUCAUUGAUUUAUCAAAAAAGUAUGCGUAAUUGGGAAAGACCCUAUUAUUCACAUUCUUCUAUGCCUACCUACUGCCACUUGGACCACUGCUUUCUUUGGGCUCGUUACUGAUGAUCUAUUGGGUAGAGAAGAUCUUAUUACUCCGAAGAGAUUCAAAGCCAGCUCCGACGGGAAGUGAGAUGGCAGAGGAGAUGAUCGACUUCUUUGGGGAAUUCACUCUCUUGCUUUAUGCAAUCGGUUGCCUGAUUUGGGAAUCAAUUUUAAAUGAAACGAUAUUUCCGUUAACUUGGGUUCAAUUUGCAAUAGCCAUUUUGAAUUUCUUAGUACCCAUAGAUACUAUUUUUGACUUAUUUUGGAAAACUGAGGACAUUUCUACGCAAGAGUUCUAUGACACCUAGUGUUACAAGUUUUGGGAUGAUUACGAUAGGAGGAAUCCAAUCACUGCUGAAAAGGCCAUUGAAACAUUUUUUAAAAGUACAACGGCAGGACAGUAGUAGUAGUAGGUGGAUGGAAGGGGGAAUGUCGCGAUGAUAAUGUAGGAUUACAAGAAAUAGGAUAAGAAGAAGAAGUAUAAGAACAAAUGA